AUGCUGUGGGCAUUCAGUAGAGGCCGCAUAACAUCCACAGAACUCCUCCAACUGCUUCAGAAACACCAGGAGAACAUCGAUGCCCAAAGCGUAUUUUGGCUCUCAGAGGCGCAGGCAAAAUAUCACUAUCGGUUGCAGUGCCGUGGCGGCGUUGAAGUCCCAAGGGAUAUGCUUCCGAGGCCGGCCGUAUACUCAAUUAUUGAUUACUCACCCAGCGAGCGGCGUUCGCUGCUGCAGUCGCUGCCGCUGCUGGCCAUCAGAGAUCAUAAAUGGUUACUUUUAACAAAAAACUGUACGGGUUCAGAACCAUUUGCGUGGAAGGCCGCUACGCUGGAGCAGUAUGUUGGGGCUUUACUCACCUCCCCGGCUAGUGAGGCCAACUUUGAUGGUACGCUUUUGGUGGAUGCCUCGGUUGCCGUGCCAUCACGCCCGCAACCGAGUGUACAACUUUUCAAUGCACAAGAGACCUCCAAUCCAUUUCUUGCUGAUGAUUCGCUUCGUCACACACACUUGAUAACAGGAAAGCCUUUCCCUCAUGGCGUGUCAAGCGCCCUCUCUACAUUGUGGUCACAGUUUUCAUACACCUCGAUGCGGUGGCUUCCCGUUGAUGAUGAUGCAACUAAUCUCGAUAGCCUCACACUCAACUGCAAUCAGGAACCCCAUGCAGUGUUUGACCCCGAACCUGUGCAGCUUGUGUGUAUUGGGCAGCUGGCUGAGGAGGAGCAGGCCUCCAUCCUUCACUCGGCACCCAGGUGGGUAUUGGAGCAUUCGCUGAAGCGCCCGAUUAUUUUAUCUAAUGGUAAAUGGAUGACAUGGCGCAAGAUGGAAUUGGAUGAGGAUGUCAGGCUGCCAUGUACGGCAACGGCGCGGUGGCGCUCCAAAUGCCAACCACCACCGCAGCACCAAAUUUGGCUUCGUAUCACAAAUAACAUCCAUCAUACGGGUGCCCCGCUGCAGCGUUGUAUAAUGCACCGGAGGCUUUUUUACAACUCUUCACAGAUUGCGGUAUGA